AUGUCAGCACAGAAGACACCGAUUGUAAUUGAUGGCACGGGCCCCACCCCAAGUGCGCAGGAAGAGGGGGAUGAUACACCUCCCGCCUUUCCCGCACUGAACAGUGCGCAACGCCACGCUUCGCCACAAGGCGCCUCGACGCUUAGGCCACCGGCCACGUCACGGCUGGCGCCUACGGGUAUGAGUAGUCUGCGUAUGCCCAUGGCCGCUGGCGCCUCUCUCAAUCCCCCCGCCGGUCGGAAAAAGGUCGUUCUCGAGCCUGGGUGUAGUCCAUUGGACUGGGCACGGUUGAAAAGCACCACCGACCUGCGCGGCGGUGUGACCACACUCCUACGCGUGACGCCGAGCGAAUUGAAGAAGCACAAUACCAAAGAAGAUGCGUGGACUGCUCUUCAAGGCAAGGUGUACAAUAUUACGCCCUACUUACGUUUCCACCCAGGUGGUCAAGAUACCCUGAUGCGCGUCGCAGGACGAGAUGGCACGCGCCUGUUUUUCAAUACGCACGCGUGGGUGAACAUUGAUGCAAUUAUCGACACGGCCAUGGUCGGUAUCUAUGUACAGGAAUGA